UAAAAAUGCCUAGGUGUGUUGUAAAAAACUGUAUUUAUAAUAAAAGUGCCAAUUACUAUCGGGAUAAGACUGAUGUGCAUUUAUUUCGAUUUCCUAAAAAUAAUGAGAUGUGGGAGUCUUGGAGAGCAGCUUUGGAUUUAAACAAAGAUGAUAUUUUUAAAUAUUCUCACGUGUGUCAUUUGCAUUUUAAAGAAGAUUCAUUUGAUAAUGAAAAAUCACCCUUUUCAUUACAUUUAAAGAAAACUGCUAUACCUAUAUUGAUUACAAGUAACACUUCAUGUCGUGCUGCAAGUGAAUGUGACCUAUCUAGAAAGACCACUGAUUCCUUUUGUUCUGAACAUGCAAAUACAAUACAGAGUGUCUCUCUGUAA